CUAUGCUGCGGAUACUUUGAUAUCAAGAAGAAAGAGAACCGAUUAUAAGGAAAUGGCAAUUGCAAAAACAAAUCCCUUGUGAAACAUGGAAAAGGAAUUUCUCUGGUAAUAGAUAAUGCUGGUAAUGUUGGCGGAGGCAUCAUUUGGAAAUUCUGUUCCUGCCUAAACACAGCUAGAGGACUCUGAGUGAAAGAAGAUGUGGUGGUUUCUUGCCAUUGCUUGCCUAAUACGAGCAACUGGGAGCUCAGAAGAACUGAGUGGGAGCAGAGGUUCAAAUCCUGAAGUUCACAUGAAUGUUAGUGAGGUGAUCCGCUACAAAGGAUACCCCAGUGAAGAGUAUGAAGUCUUAACAGAUGACGGCUAUUAUUUGACAGUAAACCGCAUUCCCUUUGGAAGAGAAAAUCUUACCGCCGGAGGUCCCAGGCCUGUUGUGUUACUGCAGCAUGGGAUAGUUGCGGAAGCUAGCUUCUGGGUCGAAAAUCUGGCGAACAACAGUUUUGGAUUUAUAUUAGCGGAUGCUGGCUAUGAUGUUUGGCUGGGGAACAGCAGAGGAUCAAGUUGGUCUCAGAGACACCAGAAUUUGUCAACUGACCAAGAGGAAUUUUGGGAUUUCAGUUUCCAUGAAAUGGCUCUGUAUGACCUUCCAGCAAUGAUCAACUUCAUUCUGAAGAAAACUGGGCAGAAGCAACUGUAUUACGUAGGCUACUCUCAAGGCACAACCAUUGGCUUCAUAGCAUUUUCAGCCAUACCAGAGCUGUCUCAAAAAAUCAAAUUAUUUACCGCCUUGGCUCCUGUGAUUUCUCUUAAGUAUGUGACAAGCCCUCCUUCCAAAUUUUCCUUCCUACUACCUGACUACUCAUCCAAGAGCAUUUUUGUCAGAGGAGAAUUUGUACUGUUUCGCAAGCCCGUGGCAGACUUUAUCAGAAAAUUGUGCAGCGCUACAUUCAUGCAGCAAUUCUGUGCUCAACUCAUAUUCUCGGCAGGCGGAUUUAAUGCAACAAAUCUAAAUAUGAGUCGAUUGGAUGUGUAUGCAGCUCGCUUUAUAGAUGGAACAUCAGCUAAAUCUAUUGUACACUGGAAACAGAUAAGAGAUUCAGGAUUAUUCAGAUACUUUGACUACGGGAAAGAGAAUCAGGCAAGAUAUAACCAGAGCUUUCCCCCUUCGUAUAAAAUAGAGGACAUGACUGUGCCAACUGCAGUGUGGUCUGGCGGGAAUGACCUGAUUGCAACCCCCCGAGAUGUAGCCGUCCUGCUUCCUCGUAUCACUAACCUAGUUUACUACAAAAAUAUGACAUACUGGAACCACUGGGAUUUCAUCUGGGGCCUCAGUGCCCCCAAACUCAUGUACUACAAAAUCAUGGAGUUGAUGAGAUGCUUUAGCUGAGAUGGGAUGCCUUAGCUGAGUCAUGGUUGCUUUAGCUGAGA